UGGUGUAUUGUAACUUUGUGUAUUGUUAUACCGCGCGGAAAAUCUGAAACACUGAAAAAAGGUAGAAGAGAAAUCUAAAGUACAGCUUAGAGUGAAAAAAGGAGCUUUACGAGCACAAAAAAGCACCUAAAAAUGCUUUCAAAGGGGUAGUUUGAAAUGCUAGCCUACGUCUCUCUGAGCGGCACGCCGGGAGACGGCUGAAAGGGCUGACAUUUCAGACUAGUUUCGAGCUAGUUUUUAAACUGUUUGGUGAUCGAGAGGAGUGUCAUCUUAAGAAAAUCUAUUGCAUCAGUCCAAAGAGCCCAAGUGCGUCUACAAAGGUAACAUAGCCUAUCAUUACGUUUCCGGUAAUUCCCCGAAACUGUGAAUGCAUCAGAUUAAAACAUAACAUUUUUAAGAACUUACCAUAUUAUAAUUUCUACCUCCUCGACCGUGACUCGUGUGUGUUCAUAAGAAGGCAGUCUCAAAGGGCUGUUUAGAAGAAACCCUAUUUUUAUGGUUCCCUUAACAGUCCCGAAGCAGCAAUCCUUGCCUGCGUUGUUCUCGAAUGAGGAAGUGGUGAAUUGAAACAUUCAGCGACUGAUGGCUUAUCGUAUGCAAAGUAAGAAACAGUUAAAAUAACACACAUGUUGUUGUUUUUAAUUUUAACAGUCUUGGAAAAUCUCGUUGGCAAACUGUGUAGCACAAUGUUUUUUUUAUCUCGAAAACACACAACUUCUCUUAAUGCGGGCAAGCUAGCGCAGGUACAAUUAAAAAAUCUUACUGUUUUUAGAUGUAGGCGUUAGCCAGGCGAGUAUCUGUUGCGAAUUAUUCAGUUUUAUUUUCAAUUGUCAUAUAACAAGAAAUAAGAUCAAAUAGCCUACGGUAGAAAAAAAAAAUUUUAGUUUGUUUUCUCAUCAGUCCCAGUGUUUCGUCUGUUUUUACUCAGCUUGUAUUUCAUGGCUUUAUCAGUACGUGCUUCUCUUUAAGUGUAUUGUUGAUGUCAUUAACACAUUGCGUUGGAACAUUUUAGAUACGGUUUCAAGAACAGUAACGUGUGCCUGUUUCUUCGAAACGUUAUUACGUCCUGUACUUGCACAUUAUUUCACGCACAAGUACGAACUAAGUGUUCUUGACACCACUCAGAAUAGCUCAGAAUUUACAACAAUUUCCUAAAAACUGACCCAUCUCUUGGUGGACCGAUGAAUUAUUUCGAUAAACAUACGCUUCUAUAUCGCCGUUUAUAAGACUACAUACGCGAAUGUGGCAUUGGACCUAUAAAACUCGCCAUUAAUCGCUCAGAAAACGGCCUUGCAAUUAAAAAACGGGUCUUAAAACAUUCUGAAGGGUUUAUUCAUUUGGAUUUCUGGGUUCUGAUUUCGAACCCUGUUCAUUUGUAGCUUGUUUUGUCACCUAAGAAGCCCGGAAGCUGACUUUUGAUUCGAAACAAAAGCUUAAGGAAUGCAGGCUUUUCAGUGGUCAAUUAGUCAACCGAUAUUUUGCUGAGCGAAACGGAUUGCGUGUGUUUGUUAUUUUAAAUUCUUUGUCUCAAAUCCCGUGGCAUGACGAUUACUACAUAUAUUUUUAUCAGGUGGUGUGAUGUCGAUCAAGCAAGGCGUGCCCGAAGAUCAUGAACUUCUCAGUCUUGCUGGGGACAUGUUAGUGAUCUGGAAAAAACUUGGUUUGGCUUUGGGUUUGCAAAAUUCACAGUUAGAUGAAAUCGAAGCAGAUAACUUGAAAGGAGUGGAUAGGAGUUAUGCUAUGCUAAGAAAAUGGAAGGAAUCACGUGGCUCUGAAGCCAGUUAUGAACGACUUGCUGAAGGACUUGAUCACAAAGCAGUCAGUAGGCGUGACUUAAUAGAGGCAUACUGCCGAGAUAAAGGUUAGUGUUGAGGAUGCGCAAGUAACACCUUUUUAGCUUGCGCCCGUUGCCACAUUCGCUCGAUCCGCCGCGCAAACCAAAAGACCCAAAAGGAUUGCAGCUCUGGAAACGAGAAUGCAGUUGCCAUGCAGCGCCGUAGCAAACCAAAACUCGCCUCGGUAAAAUUUUGACCCAAAAUUUUUAUUUUACAUAUCAUCGGAUAUUUUUAACUCAUGAUAUUACAAAGAAACAGUCAAUAUACUAUGAAAAAAUUACCACAUCAUCCAUCUCAAGGGUUACGUACGUUAACUCAAAUUUUUUUUGAACAAAUACUGAUCAAAACCAUUGUUAACGGUCACCAGAUUAUGGCUUGUUUCUGAUUAUUGUUAACUCGAAAAAAAGUUACCGAAAGGCCCAGAAAACGCUGCAAAUCGCAUUUCCGUAAAGUUCAAAAUUUCUCGGAACCCCCUAGCAACUCCCGCCUGCCUCGGUUGGCCGUUUGGUCUGGCUACGGCCAUGUUGAGACUACGCAGGAAUGCACUUUUGGAAGCCUUGGAAGAGUAACUGCAUGUGAUAUCUCAAUAAACCUGAUGAAGACUGGUAUUGGCCAAUCGAAAUAUAGCAACUUAACUCUAUUUCACGUUGUUUGAUCAGUCCCUGAAAAAGUCGUCUUGACUGUAACGUUUUCAAUUUUAUAUAUUUUGACUGAUCUUUUUGGAUCCGACGUUGAGCAAGAUUGUUCGUACACGGUUUUUGCGGUGUUUUUUUUUACCUUAACUAAACAUUGUUUUCAAUUUCUCUUAGGGUGGCUGUAAUACCCAGGAGAAAUGAAAAACAUAGGUUAUGCAAAAUUUUGGGGGGCAAAUAAGCUGGAACUGUUUGAAUGCAGAGGUCCACGCAACGCGUAAAUAUAACUCACUGGUUCCUCUUGCCGGAUCUCUAAUUAAAGAGAUGCUGUAGCCAGAAGUCACUUAAAGUGUAAAAUGAAACAAAACUGAAUGCAGGGCUGACACUACGGCAAAGGGCUGAUUUAUUAUAGGCCAAUAUUUCGGCUAACAAAAUUAGCCUUCCUCAUGAAGGGCAAGAACUAUACCGAGAACUAUACCGAGGUGCAUUAUAGGAGAUGUGCAAAUGGCGAAUAAAACUGGCGCAAAUUCCCAACAGUCCCGUGUUGCAAUUCGACACAACACCGACCCAGUCUCACGCGUAACUUCCAAAUGACAGAGCUCUAAAGUUCUUCCAAGGCUUCCAUAACUGAACUCGUCCCCAGUCGUCACUCGGGCGGUUAACCUUAAACUCAGGUUGAGAUAAGAUGAGAAACAGCAAAGAAUUGAAAUAAGCGACUUGAGUUUUCUGGAUGUUAAACUAAAAGCGCUAGACAAGUUUGAAACGCAUUCCCAUUUAUCCCACAGAGGCUGAGUUGCAACGAAAAACGUCUGAACUAAGCGUUUCUUGUAAUGAUGAAACUGAUGGUGUCUUAAAAGGUAAGCCCUAGCUUGUUUGUCCACUUAUCAGAAAUUAACUAUCAUCUGAAUAAUAUAGUGCUUUUCAGUGCCUAGUCUUGGUGAAACCUGGGGUUGGUCUCCUUUGAUAUUGCGUCACUUUCGGUUUUCGGUAGAUGUCGGCGGCUUGCGCAUAGACUUAAAAGCUUUUCUCUAUUUGAAUACAUCUUGAAGUUUGCCUCUUAUUUGAAAAAACGGAAGUGACAAGCUUAAGAACCAAUAGGAUCCAAUAGAGCUUGCAAAACUAACCAAAAGUUGUAAGCCAAAUUGUACUGUCGCGUUCGUUUGCAAACUGAUUCGUCGAUUAAACAAAUUGACAAGACAUGCACAGCUGCAUUCAAGAACAAACUUGAACAAAGAACAUUGGAACUAAAUUUCCCCAAGAAAGCUCGCGCCUCGUACUCUCUUGAUUCCGCUUUGAAUCGGAGGACUGUAAUAUUUUAGAAAAAGAAAUGAUAGAAAUGCCUUUAUUUUCUUCAACCUAAGUCCUAGGGAUUAUAAGCGCUUUAUACCAUCAGCAGGGAUUGGUCCUAGGCAUUCAAGGCAUGGGUAAAACCCGGGAAACGACCGAACAGUAACAACAACAACAACAACUGACUGUCAGGCCCAAUUCAAACGUCGAACUUCAAGUUCAUGUACCGAACCUAAUCCUUUUAAUCAAGUACAUGAAAAGCUCGAAGUUUGAAUAAAUAAGUCCGACAUAUCCAAUGUGGAUCGACCCAUGAAUUAAUCGUCGAACUUUUUCGAUAUUUUAACUGGUAAGCUAAGUAUUGCCCGGUGCAUAUCGUGAAAAUGAAUUGAGUCCGUCUAUUUAAGUUAGACGUUUGAAUCAACCGUCGAAACUUGUAUCAGUUUGGGUCGACCGUACCUAAAUAGGUCUGGUUCGGCACAUGCAAAGUUCGACGUUUGAACUUGGCCUGAUCACUCUUUGAAAUUAAAAAUUUUUUAUAAGAUAUUUUGUUUUCUUUCUUUUAAAAAAUAGGUCCGCCUUCCGUUGAGAUUUUACCUGGUAAGCCGUUUCAUGCGACUCAAAGACGAGGAGGCGAAAUAGAAAAGAUUCAGCAAGCCUUUAGUCAGUUGCGACACGAUGCGACGGAAAGUUCGCUAGUAUCAGCAGUGUAUGUGAAAGGCCCUCCAGGGUGUGGUAAGACACAACUGGUAAGACAGUUUGGUAAAGAGUACAUGAAGGUGAGCGCAGGUUGCGGUGGGCAGUCACCAAGGAGAAUUGUCGCCACGUUGGAUGCGCGGACGCCAGAGUCGCUUUUGGAAUCGUAUAAGGAACUACACGAAAAAUUGGAAAUGUCAAAGGAGAGUGAAGAAAGAGGAAGUCUGAAUGAACGAAUCAAGACUUAUUCGAAUGAGAUUAAAAACCACCUUUGUAAAAGCUCUACUGUCUGGCUGUUAAUCAUUGAUAAUCUAACAGUCAAUGAUCCUCUUAGAGAAUUCUGGCCAACGCCUGAAGAAAACAGCCCGUGGGGAGAAGGGUUAGUAUUGGUAACAACACAGGAUAGCGAUCUGGUACCCAAAUCCCACGCAUACGCCAAAGUUGUGGGUUUAGAUAAAGGAAUGGAGCAGAGUGACGCGAAGAAAUUGUUAAGCGCCAUUUCUGGGAUGGAGGCAGAUGAGGACGCCAUAAAAGUCGCACAGUUGCUGGGCUUUUACCCUCUGUCUCUUGCUUGUGCAGCAGUCUAUGUAAAGCAGAUGCGAGAAGAUCGGCCGUUCUCUAAGUUUUCCUGGAAAAACUACCUAGCCAAUCUCAAAAAAUACUUUGCGUACCUUGAUUAUUCCGACUUUACACGUCAUAGUCCAUGUUAUCCGCAAUCGAUGCUUCCAGCAGCCGAGUUUGCCGCCCGACGGAUGGCGGAAAAUAACGAAGUGCUCCGAGCUGCCUUCGUUUUUCUGUCUUAUUGCACCCUUCAACCCGUACCGCUGGACACCGUUGCAGAGUACGUCUUGUACGAGGCUGCUGCUUCCGGCGACCAUACCAUUAGGGUCCCAGAUGACGUUAAGGUUAAAAUAGCUCGAUGCUCUCUGCUGAUCUAUCCUGAGACGGGUGAAAGAGGAAUUGAGGUAGUUACCCUCCAUCAAGUCAUGCGAUUGGCAUUUGCACAAAUCAGGCGAAAACCGGACGAACAGACGAAAGAGAUGGAAGAAAUCGCCGAAGGGGAAAAGCGCCAACUGAAUGGGGUGCUUAAAAUAUUAAAUAAGGCGUACAAGAUUAGAAAAGGCGAUGUCUCCAAGGAGGCUAUAGCCACAAGAAUAAUUCUGUGCCCGCAUUUAAGGGAGUUUGUAGAAAAGGCGGAGAACUGCCAAUUUGUUGAAAUGAAUUUACUUGUACAAGCCUUAGUCUACCUUGCUGAUGGCCUGGUCCAUGUUGCCGGGGCGACGGACAAUAAUCGCGUUGCUCUACUUGAACGUGCUCACAAGAUAAAUAAACAGCUAUCUAUGACUGACAUCAGCGCAUGCGAAUUGCUGUGUGAUUUGGGAUAUACUUAUCGCGAAGCAGGGCAGCUAGACAGAGUUAUUCCUGUGUUAGAAGAGGCUAAUCAUCUCUGCACAGCGCAUACGGAACCAGAAUGGAUGAAAAUGAGAUCGAGGCUUUUAAAUAUCCUUGGGUUCACAUACCGUGAAAGCUUCCAGCUAGACCUCGCAAAAGAGUACAUGAAAAUGUGCGUUGAAGUGACCAGAAAGGCCUAUGGCGAGAAGCACGUGCAAGUGGUUGAGAGACUUUGUAAUCUUGGGAUAAUCUUGCACGAUCGCUGGGAAAAUGACGAAGCGAUAGAAGUGCUGGAAGAAGCCCAGAAGAUUAUUGAAGCUUGCGAUACCUCAAGAACGGAGCUGUUCAUCCGCGCGCAAGUUUUGAAUUAUACAGCUAAGGUUCAUCUUCGCUGGUAUCUCGGGCUGCGUUAUACGCAUCCUCGCGCAUGGAGCACCAAAAAGCACCUGGAAGAAUCGAACGCUCUCCACGAAGAAGCCGUAAAGAUUUACAAAGAACUUCAUGGAGAUCGGCACAAGUUCACAUUGGGAACUAUGAUGACCUACGGAACAGCGAAACUGCACUUAGGACAAGUUGACCAGGCUUACGAAAUGUGUCAUAACGCCGUCCAGGUCUGUCGAAGCUCAGGUCACAUUUCGUGGCCGCGCGCGGGUACAUGGCUCGCCGACGUUUUCCUCGUUAGAAAGGAGUACGCAAGUGCGAAAAGUUUUUUGGAAGAGCUCGUGAAAGUUCACGAGGACUUACACCUGGUUGUUAGUCCUGGUGCAUAUCAUCCUAAAGCGCUGCUAGCGGAAGCUUGCGUGCAUCUUGGAGAUGUGCAAUAUGGAAAAGACAUGUUGACACAAUGCCUUCGGGAGUGGGAAGAAAAAGGUAUGCACCCUGACCAUUAUUGGGUUGCUCGCGCGCGCGCUUUCCUGAGAUUGCAUGAGGAACAAAACACCGAUGAUGCUGUGCCAGAGUUGUAA